AUGAGAGAAACCAUGCCCGUUCUCUCACCUAGCACAGGACUUCAUGAGAUGCUAGCCCUGCUCACAUCUCAGCUGCAUCCUGAUGCCAACCAUAAAGAGGGCCUAGUUUUCCUGAGGGAGGUCUUCAGUGAGAGGAGUCUCGCUUAUCUAAUGAAAAUCCACGACAGACUAAGACAAUACGAACAGCAGAGUCCAACCCCAGUGUUUCACAGUGCCUCCUGUCUAGCAGAGGACGUGGCAGAGGAGCUGCAGAAUGGACCCCUGGAAGGUGAUGAAAAAGAGCUGUUAAUGCUUCUAACUGCCCCCCAUGUCAAGGCUGUGCUAGCUGUGCAUGACACAGUGGCACAGAAGAACUUUGACCCUGUGCUGCCGCCAUUGCCCGAUGACCUGGAUGAUGAGCUGGAGGAGGAGUCAGUGAAGAUUGUACGUCUGGUUAAGAACAAAGAGCCUCUGGGAGCGACCAUCCGCAGAGAUGAAGUAACUGGGGCAAUAAUCGUGGCCAGGAUUAUGAGGGGAGGGGCAGCUGACCGCAGUGGACUAGUGCAUGUUGGAGAUGAACUUCGGGAGGUCAACGGAAACCUCAUCAUACACAAACGCCCGGAUGAGAUCAGUCAAAUUUUGUCACAGUCUCAAGGCUCCAUCACUUUGAAGAUAAUCCCUGCCAUUAAAGAAGAUGACAAACUGAGAGAGAGUAAGGUUUAUUUGAGAGCCCUAUUUGAAUACUCUCCAUUUGAGGAUAAGGCCACGCCCUGUCAGGAGGCGGGACUUUCUUUCCGGCGUGGUGAUAUCUUACAAGUGGUGAGCCAAGAUGACCCUACAUGGUGGCAGGCCAAACGAGUGGGCGAUAGCAACCUGCGUGCCGGACUCAUCCCCUCCAGACAGUUCCAGCAGAGACGACUGUUGCAUAGAAUGAAAAUGGGCACUUACCAGGGUCCUAAACCAGUUAAAAGUCCCACAUAUGAUCAAACCUGUGAGAGGGAGGACUGUGACAAUGAGAGCAAUGUCAGUGGACAACACAUAGUUUCUCCCAAGUGUAAGGCGGUGGCUCCCUCCUGUGGCCAAGCUUUUUCCUGGGAGUUUUACUCAGCUGGUCUCAGGAGAAGCUUCAGGCUGAGUCGUAAGGACCAUCAGGGUACGACCGGAGAGUCUCAGCCCCUGGACUCUGGAGAGUCAGAGUUCCUGAUCUAUGAGGAAGUGACACGUUACCAGCCUCGUCCCAAUGAAAAACCACGGCUGGUUGUGCUGAUAGGUUCUCUUGGUGCACGGAUUAAUGAGCUCAAACAGAAGGUGAUAGCUGAGAAUCCUCAUCGCUAUGGAGUUGCCGUGCCACACACCACAAGGCCCAGGAAAAGCCAUGAGAAGGAGGGUGUGGAGUAUCACUUCAUUUCCAAACAGGCAUUUGAGACAGAUAUCCAAAACAACAAGUUUAUUGAGUAUGGGGAGUAUAAGGAUAACCAGUAUGGGACAAGUCUGGAGUCCAUUCGGAGCGUGCUGGCCAAAAAUAAACUGUGUCUAGUGGACGUGCAGCCAGAUGCCCUGAAAAUCCUUCGUACAGCAGAAUUUAAGCCCUAUGUAAUCUUUGUUAAGCCCCGUAUCCCAGAGAUCCGCCGGCAUCGCAGUGCAGCAACCUCACCAGGAGGGGGCGACAACGGUCAUCUCACGGACGAAGACCUCCAAGAGAUGCAUCUGUCGGCCGAGCAGAUGGAUGAGCAGUAUGGUCACUUGGCGGAUCGUGUUCUGGUGAAGGAAGACUCAGCCAGCGCGUGCAUGGAGUUGAGGAAUAUUUUGGAGAGGCUAGAGAGGGAGCCCCAGUGGGUGCCUGUAAGCUGGGUCAGGACCUGAUAUCCUCACCUUCAUUUCUCCAAAACUGUCAGAAUCUAUCACUACGGUCACCAACACGGUGCGGUGACUUGCCAAUGAUCACACAGCUUCUGUCAAAACCAACAUUAUUUCUCUCAAAUUUUCAUCUCAAAGUCAGUACUUGUAGUGUUUGUACACAGUGGAGAGCUUCAGGAACAUUCCGCAAGACCUUUUCAUAUCGUAUUGUAAAACUUUGGAAGUUAUCGGUUGAUUCUCAAUGUGAUGUCAGUGAUGGAUGAUGCCCCUUACAGCUCUCUUACUGAAC